AUGAACGCGACUAGCAGCAACGUUAACACCAUGAAUAACACUAACGUCACGGUCCAUGGCACUAUGGCCAUGAACCACACCGGUAAUUCAAAUAUGGUCAGCGGGAACACCAACGCUAGCGCCAGUGUUUCUGCUUCGAAUGCGAACCCAAGCAACACAAGCACCAGAGAUGACUCUACCAUUGUUGGUCUGCACUACAGAAUCGGCAAGAAAAUCGGGGAAGGUUCUUUCGGUGUGCUGUUCGAGGGCUCCAACAUGACCAAUGGCGCUAGUGUCGCAAUCAAAUUCGAGCCGAGGAAAACAGAGGCCCCCCAGUUGAAAGACGAGUACCGCACCUAUAAGAUCCUGAGAGACACCCCCGGCAUUCCAAAUGCAUACUACUUCGGCCAAGAAGGUUUGCACAACAUCUUAGUCAUCGAUCUUCUCGGUCCCUCCCUGGAAGACCUGUUCGACUGGUGCAACAGGAAGUUCUCAGUCAAGUCCGUCGUUCAGGUCGCCGUGCAAAUGAUCACGCUGAUCGAAAACGUUCACGCCCGCGACCUCAUCUACAGAGAUAUCAAGCCAGAUAAUUUCUUGAUAGGAAGACCAGGCCAGCAGGAUGAGAACAAUGUCCAUUUGAUCGAUUUUGGUAUGGCAAAACAGUACAGGGAUCCAAAGACAAAACAACAUAUCCCAUAUAGAGAAAAGAAGUCCCUAAGUGGCACCGCCAGAUACAUGUCCAUCAACACGCACUUGGGUAGAGAGCAGAGCAGAAGAGACGAUAUGGAGGCCCUGGGCCACGUUUUCUUCUACUUCCUGAGAGGACAGUUGCCAUGGCAAGGUUUGAAAGCACCAAAUAACAAACAAAAAUACGAAAAGAUUGGUGAGAAGAAAAGAUCAACUAACGUCUACGAUUUGGCUCAAGGUUUACCAAUCCAAUUCGGUAGAUACUUGGAGAUCGUAAGAAAUUUGUCCUUUGAAGAAACACCAGAUUAUGAAGGUUACAGAAAUUUGCUAUUGAGUGUCUUGGACGAUAUCAAUGAAACUCAAGACGGGCAAUACGAUUGGAUGAAGUUGAAUGGCGGUAGGGGCUGGGAUUUGGCAAUUAACAAAAAGCCAAAUUUACACGGUUACGGUCAUCCAAACCCACCAAAUGAAAAGUCCAGAAGACAUAGAAAUAAACUACAGCAACAACAGCAACAUCAUCAGCAACAGCAGCAGCAACAGCAGCAACAACAACAACAACAGCAGCAGCAGCAACAGCUACAACAGCAACAACUACAACAUCAGCAGCAGCAGCAUCAGCAACAGUUGCAACAACAGCAAAAUCUAAUGAACAAUAACAUACACGACGAUGCAUUCAAUGCUCAACAACAAAGAUUGGACCCUACUUCGUACGAGGCUUACCAACAACAAACAGAACAGAAAUACGCACAGCAAAGACAACAAAAGCAACAGCGCAGUCAACAACCAUAUCAGGCACAAAACCGCAUGAAUGGUGUAGACUACCGUAACAAUGGCGGAGCUAUGAACAAUGUUCAACAGCCACAACAAAACAAGUAUCAUUUCCAACAAGAACCAUCUGCUGCAAAUAAAAAUAACAAUCAAAACAACAAUUUACAACAAAACACCAAUAUGGACAUGACUUCAUUGAACUCCCACAAAGGAUUUUUCAGCAAAUUGGGCUGUUGUUAA